AUGCGCCUAAAAUCGGCAGAUGGUCCGCUACAGGCCGUCCAUAAUAGAAACAACGAUAUCCUAAACUCUCCGAAGAGAAUCAAUACUGUCCAGAACAGCAACUAUUCUCAGAAUACCCAGAAUACAACAAAUUUAUAUCACCAUGUUACCACAAACGAGAUUACUAAUAUUACAAAAAACAUUAAGCAGCUUACUAUCGAAGAUGUGGCUGCUCUAAACAACGGUCAUCACGAUACCCAGGAGUUGCGAUGGUGCAACUCCGACUUGAACACAACCGAAGCGCUCGAUCAACAGCAGCUAAACAUUCAACGCCAACGUGCGGAAAACGGUCUCAGCAACAAUCGGGUGAAUAUCAACAGCAACCUGGCGGCCCGACUGAGAUUACAUGCGCAAAAUGCGCAGAACAACGUUGCGCCGGUCUACAAAGACGAGCAGCUGAUGCCGCAGUCACCAGAUGAUGAUUAUGACGCGCAUCAAAGUUGCAGCUCGUCGGCUUCAGCUUCACCGCAAGAUGAAGAUCGCGCCUUUGAUCCUUCAGACUCAGCUGAGUCUUCCGACGAAGGCAACGAUUACUCAACAACCGACAUAAGACAAACUUCAGUUAAAGGUUUUGUCAAUCCCAACUAUCCAGGAUUCCAGCAUCUUGCCCAUACUUUGGAUUUUGAUGAAGAAACUUUGAAUAAUGCUAACAACAAUAAUGAAGAAUAUGAGUUGGCAGACAAAUUCGACAGUGUCAAUCGCCUGGACAGCGUGGAAAAUAUACAGAAAGUUUUUCACGAAAAAUCCCUUGAUCUUGAUAAAAGCUUCUCAGCUGUAUCGCAUCCGCUUCAAGAAUCCCCCAACGACUCCAACAGCGCAAAUUGUGAUUCCGAAAGCGAAUGCGGUGGCUCCAGUGAUCUCAGUGCCGUUAACGAUGAAAACGGAUCCACCGUGAAUGAGAGCUUUAAUAUUCGUAUCGACGAAACGAAAGUUAUUGAAAGUGUUGUUGAAGGAAAUACUACUGGUAGAGUAGAUAUACAAAGUGAUUGUGUUGGAAAAGUUGAAAAUGAUGAGAGCAGUUUCAAUCAACUGAAUAAUAUAGUUGAGAGUGGUAGAACUGAAGAAAAUAGUGUUGUGGGUGAUUUUAGGAAAGAGGUUGAAGAUGAAUUAGAAAAAGUAUCUUUAAAGGAGCAGUUAGAAAAUCUCUAUAGUUCUCAUUUUCCAAGAGCAACUGAACUUGAACUAGAAGAAGCAGUAGAAAAGCUCCAAGUAAUCACUGAUUUCCAGCCUUCAGCUGCCAAAUACUCUAUUGAAAUUAACACCGAUCAGCCAUUUAGCAAAGAAUCGUCUCCAGUAAUAGAACAACCCUUGGUACUCCAAGAUGCUGAAUUAAUGAAAAGCUCCGCUAAAGAAAACCCUAUUAUGACUAGAUCAUUAAUUCUCCAACAAAAGAAAGAAGAAACUUUGGCAAGGAUGUCUAGAAGUUUGGCCGCCAGAUCCGCACAAAUGAUUAAAUUAAAAGAAACCAAAAUUGAUCAAAAUGGGGUUGAUGAAUCUAUGGAAGUGGAUAAUCAGCCAAAAGAUAGAAGAAUUGGGAAACAAGUUCCAUCUUUUUUGCUUCUAAACACCAAGCUAGCACCCGAUUCUUCCCAACAAAUCCCCAACCCAAUUGAAAACAAAAUUGCCGAUGCCUCUUUAUCAUGCUGCCAAGAAAAUCUUCCUAAGGUAAUAAUGGAUGAGCCUAAAUUUGAAAAGCCUAGCAAAAUGCAAAUUGAUACUAAGGAUGAUAAAAAAAUGGAAGUUGAUUGUGGUCCUAAGAAAAUUGACUUGGGACGACGCGAUUCGAAUAGGGAGCUUGAAGAAAUUGAGAUCCAAAUCAAAAAAAUUAAAUCUGAUACUAUGUCUAAUAUGAAACAAAUGGAUAUGUUUCGGAAAGAAGAAUUGACAAAAGAUUUUAGAGAAAAAGAUGAAGACUCUUCGGUUCUGAAGAAGCCUCUUGCAAGGAUGCAUAGCUAUGUAAAGAAAAGGAGGGACUAUAACCAACAAUUCGGAAGUCUUAUCACGUUCCCAAAACGAGAACCAUUGAAAAGAGACCCCAUGAAUCGGAGAUCGGUGCCUAUGGGCCGAGACAGGACGAAAAUGGUCAAUCCUGAGUCGCUAGGUAGUUUCGAUGUGUACAACAUUGAAACUGCAAUGCCUAAAAUUGAUUUGGAGGCCAUUGAAAAUCACCUGAAGGCUGCAAGGGAAGAAGAACGUAGGAGACGAACAGAUAGAGAAGAAAUCAGAAGAAGGCUGGCUAUGGGAAAUGAAGAUGAUUACUAUUCAGAUAGACCUGGCAGGAAGCCCAGUUUACAAGCAAGACUUCAAAGCGGGAUGAACCUUCAAAUUUGCUUCAUGAACGAGACUGUAUCAGACACGGAAAGCCCAUCUUCAGACAAUGAAUGUCCUCUGACGAAUCCCAAACCUGCCAAGAGACAGAACAACACUAAUCUAAAUCAGAGGAAUGGCACUGGCAAAGUUCCACAACCUGCUCAACGACCUGCCACUUUGUCUUUGCAUCCUGUACCACCACCUCAAAUAGGUGCAGCAGCUGCUGAAACUGAUUUCUUUGCAAAACAAGCCCGACUGCAAACUGAAGCUAGAAUGGCGUUGGCACAAGCUAAAGAAAUGGCUAGGAUGCAAAUGGAGAUUGAAAAGCAGAGGCAGAAGAAAUCCCCAAUUACCGAAAUGGUGAGGCACAGCCUGGAAAAAGUGGGAAUCCCAUUCCCUGAGGAAAAACGUCGCCUAUCGCGUCAAAUUUUAACAGAAAUGAACGUGGCUCAACUGCAAGUAAUUGUCAACGAUCUUCAUACUCAAAUUGAAACGCUCAACGAGCAAUUGGUCAAAUUUUUAAUGGACAGAGACGAUUUACAUAUGGAACAGGACUCUAUGUUGGUGGAUAUUGAGGAUUUGACUAGAUAUUUGGGUGCGAAAGAACAAGUCAUCAAAGACCAGCUGGCACCUACGCCUCAAAACAACAAUCUCCUUCCACCACCGUCGCCGGCCCCAUCUUCGCCACUGACAACCCUAAACAACACAGUCAGACCGCAUUUGAAUAGGAUAGCAAGUCUAGUUAAAAAGUAG